AUGGGUUUUAACGAGACGGAUCUGAACAACACUGCGAAUCUACUAAGCACUUUUCUUCUCGACACCAGCCAGCGAAACAUCAGCAAAAAUCAUCACGAUAUCGAAUAUGUUCUCUUGUUAACUUUAAAAGCUUUCAUUAUGAUAUUCAUCAUCCUUUGUGCUCUCCUCGGCAAUUUAUUGGUCAUUGUCUCUGUUAUGAGACACCGCAAACUCCGGGUAAUCACCAAUUACUUCGUGGUUUCGCUGGCCUUGGCAGACAUGUUAGUGGCGUUGUUCGCCAUGACGUUCAACGCUUCCGUGGAACUUUUUGGACGCUGGUUAUUCGGGUAUUUCAUGUGCGAUGUGUGGAAUUCGUUGGAUGUUUUCUUCAGCACUGUCAGCAUCCUUCACCUUUGCUGCAUCAGCGUCGAUAGAUAUUACGCAAUCGUCCAACCAUUGGACUAUCCGUUAAUCAUGACAAACGUGAGAUUGGGAACCAUGUUGAGCGUCGUGUGGUGUUUCCCGACUGUUAUGAGCUUCCUACCGAUCUUCGCAGGAUGGUAUACUACGAACGAACAUCUCGAGUACAGAAGAAACUAUCCGGAUGUGUGUGUGUUUCAAGUCAACAAGUUCUAUGCUGUCGUCAGUUCCAGUGUGAGCUUCUGGGUACCAGGAAUAAUCAUGAUCGCGAUGUACUACAAGAUUUAUCGCGAAGCCGAUCGUCAGGAGCGCAUGUUGUACCGGAGCAAGGUAGCGGCCGCUCUGCUAAAUAAACAUCUACAGAUCAAUGGGAUCUCAGCCGGUUUGACAUCUCUGCCGACCGUGGACCAAUCGUCGCCGGAGCUACAACCAGAAGAGCCGCCAAUAACAAGUAGCAGUAAAAUGAAAAGAGAGAGGAAGGCAGCUAGAACGCUCGGCAUCAUCAUGUCAGCGUUUCUAGCUUGUUGGUUACCUUUCUUCCUUUGGUAUAUCAUCACUGCUCUAUGCGACUCGUGCGAGAGCGGCGAAGUGGUGGUAGCGGUGGUGUUCUGGGUAGGCUAUUUCAACAGUGCUUUGAAUCCGUUGAUCUACGCUUAUUUCAAUCGCGAGUUUCGCGCAGCCUUUCGCAAAACCCUUGAAAGCUGUUGUCGCGCGAUCGGACCGGUGCGCGAUCUGCGCCAGGUGCAUCGCAAACAGGACCUCGUGCACAGCAACGCCUCGUCCGAGCUGCAUGUCAACAAUCAGUUACGCAAUAGCGAGAUGACCAACGUCCAUAUUGAGGCGUGUAUUUAAAUGGAUCACGCGAUCCGGCGAGGUGAAAGUAACGGCGAAAUCCUCGGAGCGCCUUCUGAAUAGAAAAAAAAUAGGUAAGACCGAAUUGGCAAGUAGUACUGAUAACUCUCAAAAGUAACA